UUUAACUUAUAACAUUUUAAUUAACAAAUUAUUUAUAAUUAAAUAGAAUAAAUAAAAAAAAUUCUAUUGCAAUGUUCAGUAUUAUUUUCAUUUUAUUAUUAACCAAAUUUUAUAGCACAUAUUGUGAAGAUUUUGAUAUUGAUACAAAUGGAUAUAUUGUUUAUUGUCCUUGUAUGGGACGAUUUGGAAAUCAAGCAGAUCAUUUUUUAGGCGCUUUAGGAUUUGCAAAAGCGCUAAAUCGUACUUUAGUUUUACCACCAUGGGUUGAAUACAGAACUGGAGAAACUAGAUCUAUACAAGUCCCAUUUGACACAUAUUUUAAUGUUUCACAAGUUCAAUACUAUCAUAAAGCAUUAUUAAUGGAAGAUUUUAUACAAGAUAUUGCACCAAGAAUAUGGCAGCCUAAGGAAAGAGUAUCUUUCUGUUAUUCUGCACGUGGAAAAGGAGAUUCAUGUAAUGCUAAAGAUGGAAAUCCAUUUGGCCCAUUUUGGGAUACAUAUAAUAUAGAUUUUGUUAAAUCAGAAUUUUAUGGUCCUCUUCAUUAUGAUGUUUAUCAUACAGAUAUGGCAAUACAAUGGAAAAAACAAUAUCCUGCUUUACAUUGGCCAGUAUUAGCAUUUACAGGUGCACCUGCAAGUUUUCCUGUUCAAUUAGAAAAUAAGAGAUUACAUAAAUAUGUGGAAUGGAAUAUAGAUAUGUUAAAUAAAGCAAAAACAUUUAUAAAACAAAAAUUACCAAAAGGAGCAUUUGUAGGAAUUCAUUUACGUAAUGGAAUUGAUUGGGUUCGUGCUUGUGAAUUUAUAUCCAGCACACCAAAUCUUUUUGCUGCUCCACAAUGUCUUGGAUAUCGAAACGAACGUGGUAAAGCAACUUCUGCUAUGUGUUUACCAUCAUUUGAUUUAAUAGUGCGUCAUCUAAAACGAGUUAUUCGCAAUGGUAGUAAUAUCAAAUCAGUAUUUGUAGCUUCUGAUAAUAAUUAUAUGAUUGAAGAACUUACUAAAGCCUUAACACGAAUGGAAGUUCCAGUUUUUAAACAAGACCCACCAGCCUCACCUCACUUAGAUUUAACUAUUCUUGGAAGAGCAAAUUAUUUUAUAGGAAAUUGUAUAUCUUCCUUCUCAGCUUUUGUUGCAAGAGAAAGAGAAAUUAAAGGGUAUCCUACAUUUUUUUGGGGUUUUCCCUCAGAAAGAUCUUCAUCUUAUAUUAUACAUGAAGAAUUGUAAUGUAAUUUUUAAUUACUUUCAUUUAUUCUUUAUACACUCCAUUUUUAUUUAUUCAACAAGAAUAAAAUUUUAAAUAAUUUAUUUAAAUUAUUUACA